UCUCUCUCUCUCUCUCUCUCUCUCUCUAUAUAUACAUAAAAUUUAUGACAUGAGAAUUAUGAAAUUUUGGAGUAAUUUGUGACAGUGGUUAGUAUUGUGGUGGGCAGAUGGCGUUUAGAGGACGAGGGCGUGGACGUGGCGGAGGGCCCCUCUACGGUCAUCAUGCUAAGCAAGAACCUUUUCUACUUUUUCCGUUGUCAAGGAAAAUGAAACCACAUGGGAGAAGCCCAAACUUGCAGACUUCGUGAUGAUUAGCAAUGAAUAUGUUCCUGCUGAAUUAGUCACAGAAUCAAAACAGCAGAAAAGGGAUUAUAGUGGCAAAAAGGAAGUGCAAUGGAAAUUGAAUCCAGAUUCAGAUCUGCAGAAAUUAGAUAUCUUUGAGAAGCUUGAAAAGAAAGAUCAGGGACAAGAUGAGAAAGGUGAAAAAGAAAAGAAAGAAGAUGAAGAGGAAGAAGAUGAUGAAAGAAUCGAAGAGGGGGACGAAGAAUUCAGCGAUGAUGGGGAUUAUAAUCAGAACAUUGAUUUUGAUGACGAUGAAGAUGACUUCAACAUGGCUGACGACAAUGAUGAUGAAGCGGCGUAUUAGAUGUUGCUCUUGGGAAUGCUUUUCUGGCUUUCUUCAACUUGGCAAAUGGAAGCAUUCUUUUUCCCCAUACCAAAUCAGAUAAGUUUGAGUAAUUAGCAUAAGGUUGCUAUACAGUCAGAGGGCCUUCUUUUUUGUUUUUUGCCAUUUUUUUCUGAUUGAUUAGGUAAAGAAUCAAACUGCUAACCCUACUGCUUCUUUUUAGAUACCAUGCCAUGUUGAUUUGACCGAAAGAAUCUUAUGGCUUUUCUAAAGUGCAAAGUAGGCUACAUUACAGUGAGGGAUGAUGGAACUCACUUGGUUGCUUAUAUCGGUUUGAGUGAAUUAGAUUAUCUCACUUAAAUAUAUGUUCAUCUCUUCCAGAUUGUGUCAAGCAUCCAAAGAUCAGCCAUCAAGUGUAUUGCUUCUUUGCCACUCAGCAGUUACUAUAAUGUUUGCCAUUGCAUAUUCUGUUUUUGCUUUCUGUUCACUGUAUUUCUUUUUUAAAUUUUCGUCUUGAAUUUAGCCAUUUGUAAGUUUUUGAUUGAGGUAGGUUGACAAAAUGGUUGUCUUUAUUUAGUCUGGUGAUACUUAUGUCAUUGCAUUUCAUUUGGAUUUGAUUUGGUACUUUUCUCAUUUUAAUGUUGGCUGGUCAUAUUUUGUGAUUCUGUAACUCUGGUUUUUACUUUUUCGUUUGCAGUCUCUAUAAAAAGGGGAGCUUCUCUCUAGUCAUGUAAUUUCUAACAUGGAUGCGAGUCCUACUCUGUCCUUAUUAGGAGGGGUUUUUGUGUAUCAAGUCCAUUCUAAUAGGCUGAGUGUUUGGCCCUUAUAAGCCAAGACACUCUCACGUGGGACAAGAACCUCCAACAUUUUGUUUCAUCCGAACUCGCGUUACAGCAAGACUUAUUCCUUGUCUACCUUAACAGGUUAAGGACAUCCGAUUACAGACUAGGAUUGGAAUUGCUCUAAACUACUGAUAACGUGUUGGACAUUUGUCAUUCGAUUCACAAGCUUAACUUGUUAAGUAAAGCUGCCUAUCCAUCCUAAUAAACUCUCCAACUGGAUC